AUGAUGAACGGGCAGCGCGAGGAGGCCCGGCUGCAGCGGCUGCUGGGCAGGCUGAAGGGCCAGGGGAUGUUCGACGAGCUGCAGGAAAACACGGUGGACAAAAAUGUGGUGAAAAAAAUAGCCAUUCUGUAUGACUUGUUCAGGCGAAUAAACGAGGGGAACAACGGAGGCACAUUCGGGAGCGGCGACUCAAACUUCGUAUACACAAGUGACAUUAAACAUGCAUUAAAAUACGACGACUUCGUGCGGGUGAGAUUUCACAUCAUCCCAGUGGAAAGAAAAAAAGGAAUGCUCAAAUUGGAAGAGGAGGAAAAAAAUUACCACUUCAUUGAAAAUAUAAAUAAUAUAGUGAGUAACAUGUACAAUCCUUCCAGCUACGACCAGUUUUUAAAUAACCGAGUGGAGGAGGACAAGGAGAAAUUAAAGUGCAUGAUGAAAUGCCUUAACGAAAUUGAGUCUGCGUACAUUUACAGGUACCGCAGUGAUAAUAACAUCAAAUUGACGUUUGAGGUCUUCUGCCACAACUUUUACCCUUUUUUGUCCUACGAUUAUAAGAGGAAGUCGUGCAUAAAAAAUUUUGUGAACAAAUACAGCAAUAAUAUGCUCCACAUAAACUCGAUGGGGACUGUCAUGCACCCCUCCGCAGACCCGUAUGAGAGAGACAGCCUGGAGAAAUUGAAGCCCUUCAUCUUGGAGUCCCUCGAGAUGGUCAAGGAGCUACACAGCGCGGGGGAGGGGAGGCAGCUCCCCUUUUUUGGCGGGGCCCAGCUGGACAACGACUUCUUCGUUAAGAACACCCACUACGAGGACGACAUGCGGCGCCUCAUUCGCAUGGAGCGCGCGGCCAACGAGUACCGCCGCCUGCGCGCGGGCCUGGCCAAGCGGUUGGGCGGUUGA